AUGAAUGGCCUUUUAUUUGUUUCAGCUUCAGUCUGUGUCAGUUUUUUAUGCUUGGGACUUGAGUCUGUAUCGGUUCUUUCAGCUUUAGGACUUGGAUAUGCCAAUAUGGCAUCUGGUUCUUUUGGCACGAUACCUUACUGUAGAUUGGCGUCUUGGAAUGAAUUGGUAUCGGUAAAUUGA